AUGGAUAUUCAGCACUUUCUUAAUCCUGAAGAGGAGAUUGUUACCGAUAGCUCCGAGUCUAUUGACCUACAAAUCCUCGCUCAAUUCCAGGCGCCUGAUGAUGAAGAGGAAGAAGAGGAUCCUGAGGUUAUGCCUAAAGUGUUAUCGGCUAGUGCACUUGAAGCCGUGCAACUGCUACAGCUCUAUCAGGAGCAACAGGAGGAGGGUGAUAUUAAGCUAAUUCAUACUCUGAAUAAGCUUAGGAUGGAGAUCCAGGGGGGCAUCGCCCAGAAUCGCCAGCAGGGAGACAUUCGUUCAUAUUUUAGUAUUUAA